GCUCAACAACCUCAUCUAACCCACCUUACCACAAAACCAAAACAAUGUCCGCCCCCGCCAAGCCGCUCUACCUCGGCCCCUCGGGCUCGCAGCCCCAGCCGUCGCUCGUCUCGUGGAUCUGGAACGAGCAGAUCGCCAACCCCGCCCACCGUGAGGGCAACAUUGCCAUCGCCCGCGCUGUCGGCCUCUUCGUCGCCGGUGUCCUCUUCGUCCGCUCCGACCUGUCGGCGGCCCUCGUCCCCGUCUUCUAAGAGAGAUAAAUCAUAAGUGACGCCUGUACCAUCAUGAUGUACAACAGCCAUGCAUCCACUUCUCCAACGG